CAAGAGGGUGAGAGAUUAUUUGUUAGGGUUUGGGAGAGAGGAGUGUUUUUUUGUUUGAUCUUUUUCCAUCCAAACUUUGAAUGUUGCUAGGAGUGCAUCUUGUUGAAGUAAUCCCAAGGACAAACUCGUAUUCAUUUCUUGCAUCCCGUUCGUUUUCUCUUUUUCACGAUUUUCGGGUGAUUUUUGGAUGAAUUUUUGGUCAUCAUGAUUUCGGCCCGUAUCUGUGAAAUCGUUUGAGGGAUUUCGUUGCUAGGAUCCUUGUGAGCAACUUCGCUUCAAUCCCCCUUCAAAUCUCUCACGAAUCGGCUCGGAUUUCGAGUUUUCCCCAAAUACACGUUCUUACGAGAGGUUCUGAUUUUUCGCUCGAUUCGUGAUGGAUCCUUGAUCGUUUCGCGAAUUUCUUCUUGGAUCUGUUGGGUUCUGUAGCCACGGAUCUAUGCCUGAAAUCUCGUUCGAAACCGUUGAGAUUUGAGCGAGUAAUUUGGAGUUGAAGGCUCGGUUUUCGAACUCGCUCUUCCCCUCUUCCGCUUCUGCUCUUGUGCUCGAGCGAGGGAGCGAGCCUCUGCCCAGGAGAAUCCGGCCAGCAGGCUCGCGGAGCUCCCGACUCCCGAGCGGGCGGGCAGCCGCUCGCGGCGGCGCGGCGCGAGGCACACCGGGGCGCGGAGCUCUCACGGCCAGGCGGCUGCGCCGCAGCGAGGCCACGGCCGCCGGUUCCGGCGAGCAGCCAGCCACCGCUGGGCAGCGGGCCGGGCCGGCACGUGCAGCAGCGGCCCACCCAGACCAAGCCCAGCGGGCCGAGCCCGGGGGCAGGCCCGCACGUGGCCCAGUUAGCUGCACUGGGGCAGGCCCAGGAGGAAGCAGGCCGGCUUGCUGGUGGGUUCGCGUACAGGUCUACGGCCCAGAGAUCGAGAGCAGAUCGCAUAGGCUUCUCCCAAACCCUCAGGCAGGGCUACCGGCGGCAUGGCCCCAGGCGACGGCGAGGAGAGCGACCGCUACAAACGAGGCCGAAGAGCCGGCGGUUGCGAGGACGGCGAUGGCGAGGACGGCCCCGACAAAAGAUGCCGGAUUGCCGGCGCUGAUGGGGAGUCCGGCGACGACGGCACGGGAGAUUAUAGUAUAAGCGGCGACGAGGCCGACGGCGACUGCGCCGGCGAGGAUUUGAUCUACUACUACAGCGACGACGACGAGGAAGCGGAGGUCGGCGCCUCGGCGAUCCAGCGCGACGAGAGGAGGUACGUCGUUCUCGGCGAGGAUGAUCUCCACGACCGGCAGGCCAAGGACACGGCGGAAGUCGCCGAGGUGCUCUCCGUCCCGCCGGGCGUCGCCGCCGCCCUGCUGCGGCACUUCAGGUGGGAGAAGACGCGGCUCAAGGAGGAGUGGUUCUCCGACGACCGGCGCAUCCGCGACGCCGUCGGCCUGCCGGCGGCGGACGGCGGCGCCCCCGCGCCCAUGGCGCUCAGCCGCCGGGAGCUCGUCUGCAGCAUAUGCUUCGGCACGUUCAGCGCCGGAGAGACGAGGUCGGCGGCGUGCGCCGCCCACUUCUACUGCGACGAGUGCUGGCGCGGGUACAUCCGCGCGGCGGUAGAGGACGGCCCGCGGUGCCUGUCGCUCCGGUGCCCGGACCCGGCCUGCUCGGCGGCCGUCGUCCGGGAGCUCGUCGACGCGGUGGCCGGCGGCGCGGACAGGGCCCGGUACACGCAGUUCGCGCUCCGGUCGUAUGUGGACGAGCGCCGCGGCGCCGGCGGCGGCGGCAUCAGGUGGUGCCCGGGCCGCGGCUGCGCGCGCGCCGUGGAGUUCCUCGGCUGCGCUGGCGCCGGCGACGCGACGGACGUGUUCUGCGACUGCCGGCACGGCUUCUGCUGGGCCUGCGGCGAGGAGGCGCACCGGCCGGUGUCGUGCGCCACGGUGCGCGCGUGGCUGGCCAAGAACAGCGCCGACUCGGCGUCGGCCAACUGGGUGCUGGCCAACACCAAGGCUUGCCCCAAGUGCCGGCGGCCGAUCGAGAAGAACCAGGGCUGCAACAACAUGACCUGUCGCGCCCCCUGCGGCCACAAAUUCUGCUGGAUCUGCCUUGAGCCGCUGGGGCGCGGCCACACCACCUGCGACGCCUACCGGCCGCGGCGGCCGGACAAGGCCAUCGCCGGCGCCGGCAAGGGCGUGCCCCCCGCGGAGGAGCUGAGGCGUGAGCAGGCCAGGGCGUCGCUGGACAGGUACCUGUACCACUACGAGCACUGGGCGGCCAACCAGAGGUCGCUGGAGCAGGUGCUCAGGGACAUGGCCGCGCUGGAGCGGUCGGAGCUGUGGAAGAUGGCCGGCACGGUGCGCGCCUCGGCCGCGGACCUCGGGUUCCUGACCAGGGCGUACGAGCAGGUCGCCGGCUGCCGGCGGGUGCUGCGGUGGGCGUACGCGUACGGGUACUUCCUGGACCCGGUGCGCGACGCCGCCAAGCGCGGCCUGUUCGACCACCUCCAGGGCGACGCCAACCGGUCGCUGGAGCGCCUCCACGGCUGCGCCGAGGGGGAGAGGAAGGAGCUCUGCGCGGCCGCCAUGGGCGCAUCCCCGGCCGAGAUCGCCGAGAGGUACAGGAGGUACAAGAAGAAGCUCGAGAACCUCACCGAGGUGACGCGGCGCUACUUCGAGAACCUCGUCAAGGCGUUCGAGACCGACCUGGGCGAGGUGAAGCCGGCCAAGUAGGGCAUGGAUGGAUCCCGGUUCCAUGUUCAUUCAUCACAUCUAUCGCCACCAAGACUCCGUUAAUUAGUAGUGUGUGUGCACGCUUUGCUUUUGAUCCACUACUUGUGCUUUUGUACUUGUAGUUGUUGGCAUUGCGCUUUGCAAAAACUUCUACCUACACACACAUCUUAUUAUUGGAGGCUUCUGCAAACGUCGUUUCCUCGCUUAAGGCAUUGUUGUGGAAACUCCUGACCUUCAAUAGUGGUGGUACGCUACUAACUUUGUUGUUGUGGUUGCUUUAUUGUUUUGGAACGGAGAUGUGUGUUUUUUGUGUGUAUUUCAGAUUCUUUAUCAAUAUUAUCACCUCCAUGGAUCUCA